AUCAACAACUUAACUUUCAAGCUCAUCACACUCAUUCAUUCACCUGAACCUAGAGAAUUCAUGUAAAGAACUCACAUUCAAAUACAUUUACGCAAACUCUUUUUUAGAGUCAAGUUGAUCAAGAUCAGUGAUAUCACGAGAUGCCUCCCCGCGGUACGAGAGGUCGUGGCCGUGGACGUGGGCGUGGGUCAACAAGAGGUGGACAUUCAGGUGUUACGGACAGAACUAGUGAUGCAGCAACAACUCUUGACAAUCCGUCUCAGACCCAAGCGCAAGACUCAGAUGGAAGCGACUUGGUAAUGCAAGAUGCAGCCACACGCCCAAUCGAGAUCUCGGCAACACCCGAGGUUCAACCCGAACAAUCAACCGCUCCCAGUGCAACGCAAUCACGAACCCCAAGUGUUGCGCCAUCACGUGCUGGUGGUCGAUUCAGACCCAAAAAUGUCCGCAGGGAUGCAACGGAACGAGCGAGGUUAGAGCAAGAGAGAAGUCGUGAUCUGAACAUGAAGAUCAAGGAAGAAGAGCGUGAGGUCCGAGCCGAAGAACGGCGAGCGCGCCGGGGUCGUGGGAGGGGAGAUAUGUCACAACGAGGAUUUGCUCGGCGAACCAUUACUGCCUCUGGUCCGUUCUCGGCUGUUCCUCAAGAAAGUAGCGGCUGGGGACCAAAGAGCGACCGUACUGGUUUCAGUUCCGAGUAUACAUUAUCAAGAUACAAACCCAGACGAGAGAAUGAGCACAGAAUCAACGUUGACGCUCUCAAUGGCUACAACGAGUAUGAGGAUGGUUCUAUCCCCCCCGGAAAAUCUCGCGGAACCAUGCCAGUUGGUCUUCUCCGUAUCCAGCACGAAGACGAGGAGGUCAAAGUCAAAACCACCGCAGAGCUCGAAGCGGAAGAGCGCCAAUCAUCCGACGACGAAGAUCUGUUCUUUCCCGAGUCAACUGAAGACCUGCAAAAUGUCGGCACGGAGAAAGACGGCGAGGUCUGGCAUGCCGCCCCUAAGAAGGGCCAGGUCAAAGUCAAGACCGAGCCGGGCGCAGACCCCGACGCGAUGGAUAUGUCAGAUAUCCCCGAGGCGGCAGAAGUCAAGGAACCUCCGGCCGAGACUAGAAGGCUUAUAAACGAGGUCGGUGCCACGGUCCUGAAGCGAAAACGCAAGUCAAAGGCCGCCAAGGACCCCGAAAUCGCGCAGACUCUGUACGAUUUGCGGUACCAAUUCGACACCCUCAGCCUGCAUGCUGCUACCGGCGAGAAAGAAGGCGAAGAUCAAGAAGCGCAUCGCCGGCAUAAAGACGACCAGAUCAUGCUCUUCCAACUCCCGCCCAUUCUCCCGCCAUUAGCUCCGCCCACGAAUGACGCAGACGGGGAGACGGACAGCAACGGCAUCUUGAACACCGCGCCCAAGAGCCAUGGCAAAAUCAAGACCGAAGACGGCGCCAACAAGGAAGAAAGUGGAUGGAACCCGUUCGGAACGCUUCCGCCAGAGGGCGGUCGCAUCGGCAAGCUCAUCGUGCGCAAGUCGGGCAAAGUCGAGUUCGACUGGGGAGGAACGACUCUCAGCGUCGGAGUCGGCGCAGACCCGGAGUUCACGACGACCGCGGUCAUGGUCGAGCAGAACGUGGACCUGCAGAAUCCGGAGCUCAGCACCGGGGUUGCCUGCGGCAUGGGCCAGAUCAAUAACAAGUUCGUUCUAGCCCCAAUUUGGGACGAGGAGGAGGAUUGGGAUCCGAAUUUGGAGGAUAUUGGUCUUUGAGGAAUUGUCGAUUUGGGUCACGCAUACGCUUGUACUAUGUAUGCACUGGGCUUCGCUGCGGGAGUCUCAGGGGACUAUUUUGCAGGGUUUAAAUGUUUUUUUUUCUGUUGGGAAUAGUAAAAAGUUCUAGACAGGCGGGUUCUAGGUACCGGGCACCAGGUAAUGAGGCCAAAAACAAGCAAAAGUUAUGAUACCCCCAGCAGCUAUCCCAGCACAUGUGAUAUGUAUCUACAAAACCCGACCCUUAGGUG